AUGGUAACACCGAACAAGUGCAUUCCGAACUUAGUGAUACUCCUUCUGCUGGAGGUAGCAACGCUCCUUUCCGCCCAAAUCGUCCCCAACUGUGACAGUGCGCUCGGUUGUCUGGCUUCCCCCACUCAGACUGCCUGCACCAACCCGGACGAAUUCUGGUCACCGAAGGCCACACACGGCGGUUGCUGUCCGGGAUGCGUCCAAGGACUCCCCUUGGGUGCAGUAUGCAACGAACCGUCCACCACCACCGUAAGUCCGGAAAGUGCACCGACUCUUCCCUGCGCUCCGGGUCUCGUGUGCGGUCUCGGUAACGUUUGCCGCCUGAAUACGGAGGACUGUUUAUCGACGUACCACGUCGCGACUGAUACCAUCGACUGGGUGCCGCAGUGCGAUAGCCGGGGCCAGUACGCACCCAAACAAUGCCGUGGCGAUCGGCUCAAUGGACGCUGCUUCUGCUACUCGGCCGAGGGCAAGCGCAUUUUCGGCUUCAGUUGGCGCAAUCAGGCCCAGAACAUGACCUGCGCUUGCAGUCGACGACGUGCCGAUCUGGAGGCCGAAGGCCGGAUCGACGUUACGUUACACUGCACAUCGGAUGGUAACUACGAGGAACUGCAGUGCGACCAGGGGGUAUGCUGGUGCGCGGAACCUCAAACCGGCUCGCAACAACCGGGUACUCGAGCCGUCCCGGAGGACCUCUGGACGUUGCUGCCUUGCUAUAACGAAACCCUCCACGGGGUGCAGUAUCUGAGGCGUUGCGAAAGUAUCGCCUUCUCGCAGAUACUUCAGCGCAGGCAAUUCAUCAUCCACGGUCACACCGGUGUAACGUUCACCAACGUCAUCUGCAACUACGAUGGAAGUCACGGUCGAUACGUCAUCGAAGGGCAGGAAGCGGCUUGCACCUGGCGUGAUGGAACAAAGAUCGAUCAGUACAAAACGUCCCUUCGCACAUUGAGCUCGAUGAACUGCAAUUGUGCAUAUGAUGAAAGGCUGUACGCCACGGUCGGGCGAUCACUGGAGCUGGCCUGUGAGGAAAACGGCAACUACAUGCCCCUGCAGUCGCGCAACGGAGAGCUGUUCUGCGUCGAUCCGGACGGGUUUAUUGUGGCACAAAACGUCCCCGCCGAUCAGGUGAAUUGCAAUCAUUACAUUUUUGGGGCAAACGUGUAAGGAAGAGGAAAACGGUGGGUCAAUAAAUUGCUUCGUGAACGCUACACA